AACGGAACCAUCUCACAACUGUACAAACUGCAAAAUGUUACGAACAGUAUUCCUCCUGCUUGUGGUGGCGUUGAUCCAGCACUCAGUUGCUGGACAGGAACUUCCUGGAAAGCUGGUGAAAUCUCGUCGAUCGUAUGCCACAAUGUUUCCUGUAGUCUGUAACCCAACUGGACAUUACGUGCAAUGUAAUUCCUGUUCUUCGUACAUGGUUUGUCUGUCGGGGAUGCAAACUAGUGGACCUUGUCCAGCAGACAAACCGUUCUGCAAUAACAACGCGUGCUCGGCUACUCCGGACUACGGUGCUUGUCCCGUCCCCAGCCUUAAUUGUACUGGAAGUGGAUAUUAUCCAGAUCCCAAAGCAUGCCAAUUCUACCAUUACUGCGAUGGAAAUGGAGCGAACUCAGACGUUUACGAAUGUCCUCGAAACUAUGUCUUCAAUCCAGUAACCACAUUGUGCAGACAAGAUGUCGAUAUUCGAUGUGACAGCGUUCAGUGCGAUCCAGACAAGAUAUUGCAGCGCUACGGAAGUAGUGACAAAUAUUUUGUGUUCUGUAGAGAUCAGGAAAUCCUUAUGGCCAAAUGUGAUGAUUUUCAUGUAUUUACCGGAACGAGUUGUGAAUUCGAGUGUGUACAUGAAGGCCGUUACCCACAUCCUGAUCCAUCCAAAUACUACCAGUGUUACUUUUUCGGAGAAAAGUUGGUAUCGCAAGAGAUGACAUGCCCGUUGAACAAAGUGUAUGAUGCUUACAGAGGAGUUUGUCUUGCAUAAAAUGCUUAGUUAUGUGAACGCAGUUUGUCUAAUUAAUAAACGUUGAAUAUACUA